AUGACCCAAGACGAGCACUCGAUGAGGAUUGUCGAUUGGCACGAGUCGGUAGAAAAGUGGUGCAAAGUAACUGACCUAGGGACGCAGUCUUACAGAGUCAUGAUGUUCAUUCCGUCGCUCUAUCAAACAACUGGCUGCGACAAAUUUCCCUUAUGGGGCAUCAUCGUUGGCUUCUUCUUCAUGUUCGUACUGAGCAUUUUCUUCUUCUACUAUGACCGGAUUCAUAUGAUGCAUUUGUGUCCCGAAUGGCUCAAGAAGAACAACUUGUAUGUCCACGGAAACGCAGCUCAGUCAUUAGUCAACAACGAACGAAACUCGAAUGAAAUCAAGCCUCCAGCAUCGCACGAAAUCAAGCUCGCCCACCCAAAAUUGACUUCCGACAUUCAGUAUUGCUAUAAAAACAAACGGCCAGUCGUCUUGGGCGAAGGAAGAUACGGAUUCGUCUACAAAGCUAAUUAUGAAGAACAAUGCAUCGCUGUCAAAUGUAUAGAUCGAGAAGAGAAGGCAGAACACGAAAAAAUCAUGUUUGACCUGAUCGGAUCAAGAAGCGACAAUCUUCUACGGCUUACGGCAUAUGUCUCCAAGCAUUGCGACCCGAAUGACCGUCCGACUUCUGUCUUACUCCUACCGGCAUAUCUGCAGUUAAUGCGAACUCUCGCUUGUGGGUUGUAUGAGCUGCAUCGCGCUAGCGAGGGGAUCGAUAAUCCUAUGCCGAGAAUCGCCCAUCGCGAUCUGAAGCCCGCCAACGUUCUAAUUUCGGACAGAUUCGAAGCUGUCAUUUGCGAUUUCAACUCUUCGAUACCGCUUAUCCGCGAGUUGCCCCAUCAGUGCGAUUGUUUCUCCAAGCCUGAUGAUCGCAACGGACCAUGUAGACCUUUUGAGCCGCUUACAUUGCUCAAACUUGAAUCGCAUGACAGACCUGGAUGCCCGAAUAGAAAAAUACUUCAAAAGCUGGAUGACGUAAGGGAACGCGUUUUCUACCAAAAAUGCCCAGAUGGAACAUGGCUAUACAUGGCUCCCGAAGUACUGUCGCUCUCGAUGUUUGAUACAGGCGACAUGGUACCGACCAAUUCGGACAUGGUGAAUCGCUACUGCUCGGUAGACAUCUACAGCUUCGGCCUGAUCGCGUGGAUUAUUCUCUCUCAAUGCGACGGAUUCCUUGUGCCGGAUCACAAGCUUGAUUCCAACGUUGAUGACUUUCUAUUCCACGAAUUCUCCUCGCAGUCGAAAAUAGAUCUAACGAAAAUAAACUUGCGCAGCUUAGCAGAAAAGGAAAAGCUGAUGCACAAGAUUGUCAACGAAGAAAACCUGCGCCCUCGUUGCGGGUCGUCGCCGCUAUUCGACGUAAUCCGCGAUUGCUGGGCGUCGGACGGGGCCUACCGACCAGACGCUCGUCAAAUCUAUCGAAAAAUCAAAGACCUGUCUGCCCACUACACGCGAAUGUGA